AUGGGGAAUGGGCUAUCAGACCAGACUUCUAUCCUGUCCAACCUGCCUUCAUUUCAGUCCUUCCACAUUGUCAUUCUGGGUUUGGACUGUGCUGGAAAGACAACUGUCUUACACAGGCUGCAGUUCAAUGAAUUUGUAAAUACCGUACCUACCAAAGGAUUUAACACUGAGAAAAUUAAAGUAACCUUGGGAAAUUCUAAAACAGUCACGUUUCACUUCUGGGAUGUAGGUGGUCAGGAGAAGUUAAGGCCACUGUGGAAGUCAUAUACCAGAUGCGCAGAUGGCAUUGUAUUUGUUGUGGACUCUGUUGAUGUCAAAAGGAUGGAGGAAGCCAAAACUGAACUUCACAAAAUAACUAGGAUAUCAGAAAAUCAAGGAGUCCCUGUACUUAUAGUUGCUAACAAACAAGACUUGAGGAACUCAUUGUCUCUUUCAGAAAUUGAGAAAUUGUUAGCAAUGGGUGAACUGAGCUCAUCAACUCCUUGGCAUUUGCAGCCUACCUGUGCAAUCACAGGAAAUGGCCUAAAGGAAGGACUUGAGAAACUACAUGAUAUGAUCAUUAAAAGAAGAAAAAUGUUGCGGCAACAGAAAAAGAAAAGAUGGAUAUCAAUACCUAUUAUAUCUGUGUGGAGUAGGUUUUCUCUGGUCUGAUUUUGACAAAUAGAAGAGUGUCUACAACCUGGUUUGCCUGUCUGCCCUCCUGGAUGCUAUUAAAGCUAUGUUUUGUUGA